AUGACAGAUACCUCCUCCCUCGCCAUCACGCACGCCACAACGGAUUCCUAUCCGGUCCCCGCUCCUCCAGGCUCCCCUGCCGCCGAUGGUGCAGUCUCUGACUCUGCCGCACCCGAUGAAGAAGAACCUUACACCAUCAAAUGCAUUUGCUCGUUCGAGGAAGAUGAUGGUAGCACGGUAUUCUGCGAAGGGUGCGAGACAUGGCAGCACAUUAUCUGUUACUAUCCCGAUAAGAAGGUACCAGAUGUGCACAACUGUGUCGACUGCGAGCCACGGCCAUUGGACAAUCGUCGUGCCACCGAACGACAACGGCUGCGGCGGCAACGGGAAAAAAGUGAGGAUGGGGACCGGAAGCCCAGGCGGCCUGGGCCUAAAACUCAUCGGAGGAGACCAAAGGAUACUGAAGUGAAUGGGUUUGGACAUCAACGAUCCGAGUCGAGUGCACGUGAACAGCCACCGGCGAAGAAAGCGAAGACGUCCCACCGUCCAUCAACAUCAAUUGGUGGUCUUUCAGGGAUCCCGGCUCUUCCGGCUGAGUCGCGCAAGCGUCGUUCCUCCACCUCCGUCGCAAUGAGCCCAACGAAAUCCUCCGAACUUCCGAUCCCUCUCUACUCGAACGAAUUCCUCAAUCUUUACGACCGAGAUGAAGAUUACGAUGAAAUUGACAGCAACCUCUUUGUCAACGUGAGCCUAAUGCGGGACACUGUCUCAUGGUUGAAGGACCCCGAAGCUUUGGCGCGAGUAACCAACGGAAGGCCUGCUGAAGACACUUUUCAGUGGUCCGACGCAGCCUUGGAUCGGUCUCGCUGGCCCUCGUUGGCAGUUGAUACAAUCACAGACCCGAGCACUGAGAUCAGUGGCAAGCAUCCAACAUACAAGAUCAUUAAGACUCAAGAUUCUGUACGACGGGAUCAAGUUGUCGGAGAGAUCACUGGCAAGGUUGGCUAUUUCAGAGAUUAUUGUCUCGACCCAAGCAACCGGUGGUCCAAAUUACGGCAUCCUGAACCUUUUGUCUUCUUCAGUUCACAUCUACCUCUCUACAUUGACGGCCGUCGUGAAGGUAACAAGCUCCGUUACAUCCGGCGUUCCUGUCGUCCCAAUGUUAGCUUGAAAAUCUACAUCACCAAUGAUGUAGAGUAUCAUUUCUGUUUUGUUGCCAAGGAUGAUAUUCCUGCCAACUCAGAAAUUACUGCUAUGUGGUACCUGGACCCUGAAUUCCAUGAAGCUACCAAUGGUGUAGUGAAGCAGGAGGCUGGGGAUCCGGAGGCUGCUUCGGUUUGCAUCAGCAAUACGCUUGCCAACUUUGGUACAUGUGCGUGUGAUCUUCCUCUCGAUGAGUGCACAAUGGCCAAACUUGAUCGCCGGCGACGUCCAAAGCUGGACUCGGUGAAGCCCAAUGGCAAGCGAAGGAAGGUGAAGAGCAAGGCAGUAGCAUCUCCAAUGGAGACAGGUCGUGCUUCUACGAGUCGCGCAGGUAGCGAGACAACUAAACAAGACGAAGAUGACCCCGCAGCCGAUAGUCGAUCAACUUCAGGCUCAACACGUGGUCAUCCCCGUAGCCGCGAUCUCAGUCCUGCUCAACCUUUGCCAGAACUCUCUACUCGCGAAAGACGGAAAAUUGCAGAUGCCGAAAAGCAGUUCCAACAACUAGAGGAUCGGCACGUGCAUCCGAAGAAGAAAAAGCGUUCCAGUGGACCUUCUCAUUCUACUCAAACUGGCCAUUUUGGGACUCAGCGCACCUCUGGCAAAUCUCACCUCGAUACGCAGUCGCGUUCUCCUACUGCUGUUUCACCUGGCAUAAUGGCUCCCCGCAAUUCCAAUCCUUCUGGGCAGUCUCAUCGUCGCCGUCGUCCUGUCUAUGUCGACGCGGCGGUUCAGGUCAACCGCGAUAACGAUUCCCCGCCUCCUCGCCCGGCGCGUCCCAUUCGCCCAUUCAUCUCUAUGACUCGGCGGCUUCUGUUGCGAUAUGAUGCGGAGAAUAUCAGACGAGCAGAACUCGCUAGACAACAUUUGUCUUCGGCUGGCUCUGACAGCGUCGCGACUUUCGGGACUUUCGAGUCUCCUGGCCCCUCGCUUCUCCGUUCGCCUGCCACCGUGCAUGAAAGAUCGGAUGCUGCGCUGGCUAGUCUGAGUAGUCCUUCCACUCCUGCGCAAGGGGAUCUUGAGAUGCGGGAUGGCUCAAGUGCUCGGACUGACUCUCUCGGGCCUAGCAACGAUCCACGCAAGCCGCCAAUUCCCCCUCCUUGGCCGUCCACCGUUGCUCACAACGUUUUGAUUCCGGGUGCUCGUCGCCGCAGCGACCUACGUGUUUCCAUGCCCCCACCGCACGCUGUCAACGCACCUUCCGCAAUUAGUCCCGGCUCUUCUACUAGUCUUGCAUUCCCUCUUCCUCAUGAAAUCUCAUCUCCUCACGCUUUCAUGCCUUCGGGCCAUGCACCCACUCCCACUCCUGCAAAGAAAAAGCUCAGUCUCGGUGACUACCUUAUCCGACGGGGAACCAUGACAACAUCGGACAAGCCUGCCCCUGCAAAGAAGUCCCCCUCCGCCGGAGAUGGCAGUGCAGACCGUCCUCACACCCCCACCCAACCGGAACUGCACGACAAGCCCGAGCCCGCUUCUUCACCAAACAUGCCAAUGAAAGACGCCCCGGAAUCAACACCCACCCACAUCCCGUCCAUCUCUUCGUGA